UUCUACGAGAGGCAUAAAAAACCUCUUUCGCUCGCGACAACGAGAAAACAAGAAAAGCAUGUGAACACGGCCCAGAAAGUGGCAAGCCAAAGUUCAACCAAACAAAACAGAGAAGCGAUAACGGAGGAAGUACCAGGGUCGAUUGUCACAUAUACAGAAGAAGAAAUAAAUACCUUCAAAGACGACAUGGCCCCUAAAACUGACACGAAAAAGAGUACGCCGCUUGCAAUCGUCCUGAAUCGUGGUACUUAGAAAAGUACAAAACAGAGCUGAACUUGAACAGCAUUUCUAAAACAUUUCAAGGUGCUUACCUUAUAUCAAUCGCGACGUCAACCUUUCAGUGCUUUCGAUUGGACACUUUAUUUCUUUCAGUUUUGCCACCGAAGAGGUAAAA